CUACGGUGUACACCGACGGAAUAUCAAGGCAAGAUGGCGACAGAGGCUCAGUUCGAGUACGAGUCGAUCCUCUGCGUCAAACCAGAAGUCAACGUGUAUCGAAUACCACCGCGAGCAUCCAACCGGGCCAUCAGGGCUGCUGAUUGGAAGCUGGACACUCCCGACUGGUCGGGACGCAUGCGAGUGGUGGCUCGGGGAAAGGUGGCCUACGUGAAACUCGAGGACAAAAUAUCUGGGGAGCUGUUUGCCCAGGCACCAGUAGAUGAGUACCCUGGCAUUGCAGUGGAAACAGUGAGCGACUCGAGCCGAUACUUUGUGCUCCGUAUCCAGGAUGACAACGGCCGCAGCGCCUUCAUCGGAAUCGGGUUUGGAGACAGAGGUGAUGCCUUCGACUUCAAUGUUGCACUGCAGGACCACUUCAAGUGGGUAAAACAGGAAAAUGAAUUCAGCAAACAGGCACAGGCUCCGGACUCCGCUCCUAAGCUUGACUUGGGCUUCAAAGAGGGACAAACCAUCACACUCAAUAUUGGGCAAUCCAAAAAAAAGGAUAGGACUCGUCCACAGAGUUCCGGUGGUCUAGGACUCCUUCCACCUCCCCCUGGAGGCAGGCUAGCGCCGCCCCCAUUGUCCCGAUCUAAUAAUCAUAACACGCAGCCAUCUGGGGGAGGAAAUGACACAGGUUGCCUGCUGGAUCUGGACUCCAGUAACUCUAACUCGGUGGCUCUGUCCAAUCCACCAAUGACGGCCAGCUCAGACCUGUGGGGAGACUUUGACUCCCCGAAGUGAGCAGAGCGCCACUCGGCUCCUUCUCCCUCUUCUUUCUCUCAGUAAUAUUAUGCAGCACUUUUGGCAUCGUUGCGUUCCCCUUUGAGGGGGUCCCUACUGCUCCCUGCUGAGCAGGGUAAACCCUCACCUACCCCCCACUUCUUGUGCACUGUACUAAUCAGUUUAAGUUCUAAUGUUAGUCUCAAGCCUAACACUACACCCAUCCAUGUUAUUUGUUAUUCAUCUCCUUUUAACUGUGAACAUUAUAUAGAAAUAUCAUGAAGGAAAUGUAACAAUGAAUGCAGUUUAUGUACAGAGUAUUUAUUUUCAGUGUAUAUAUAUAUCCCCAGUUGUCUGUACAUCAUCUGUGUUGUAGCUUCUUUUUUGCCCCUUCCCAGGGCUUAUUAUAUGCACUCUGUCUGCCUGUCAGUACGUAUUAUUUCAACACUGGGAUUGUUCUACUAAUCUUAUACAUGAGGUUUACCACCAUAAUCGUCGACUUGAAAGAAACCUUGUUCAACUGGAGUGGGUUCCCCUAGUGGUGCUGCUCUAUAGCCCCUUAUAGUGGACUCUUGAAGCAUGACAGCAAUACUUGUUGUGUAGACAUGAUGGAGCAGCUGCUUUUUUUAAAACAAGCAGCCGUCGUAAAUCAGUUCAAGUUGUGAAGGAGGCAGCCAAGUUGGAUGCGUUCCGGCCGACCUAAAAGGCUCAUGAUUUAGUGGCUGUGGAUGUAAGCUAAGCUCGGUCACGACCUGUGUCCUUCUUAGUGAAGUCAUAGCCUGUCAUUCUUGGAGUUAGUCGUCAUCUAACAACCUGAAAGGCAGCAUGUUGUGUGGUACCGACCAGAUUUGAACUCCAGGUUUUUGAUGUAAAGUUUUUAGUUUUGGAUUGAUGCCUUGUUGGGACCAAGCUUUUGUUUGUGAAAGGAAUUGUGGGCUUAUUUGUUUUUUGGUUAUUGUGCUAUUGUUGUGUACAAGCAGAUGGAUUAUGUUGAUUCACAAUGCCAAUGGAUGUCGAUUGGUACUUGCAGACAUUAACGCUAACAAAAUGUUUUACCGUCUAAUGUGCUUUGUUGUGUAUGGAAGUCAAUAUGCAAAGAUAAAUAUAAGACAGAAACAACACAA